AUUCUAGGGAUUUCAUGGAGACUUUCACACCCUCCCUGGAGACCAGCUGUCGGUUGAAUGUCCAGGUGUUGUUAUGAUGCGUUACAUUGACAACUUCAUCAGGUAAAAUCGAUCACAUAGAGGCUCAAUAAUAAUUUCCAUCACUCAUCACUACCCCGAUAAUGAUCACGUACCCAACACGUCUCUAAAUUCUGAAUUACGAUAUUCAGAGAAAAUAAAAAAAUGGGAGAUUCAAAGCCACCAGACACGUCAGAAUGGAAACAUCCGAACGAAGUGAUGCAGUUGCAUCGUUUAAAAAUGAGAAAACGUGCACUUCAGGCUCGAAUGAAUCGAACGUCAUUGGGAAGUCCAAAGCCCUCCCUAGACAUCACAAUUACAGGACCUCUUAGUGAAUUGGCUUCUUCAGUCGCCCAGAAACGAAAAAAUCCAUUUAUGAAGAACGAUAGGAGAAAAAGAUCUAAAGACGACCUCGAGCCUGAUCUCGAGGCCAGCACUGACUCAGUUCUCUUCGAAUUGAUGAAGGGACAAGCAUCCACAGUUCAGAACGAUGAGAAUGUCGAACCUAAACCGACAGAGUCACCCAGUUUGUCAUUCUCCAGCGCUCUAUCGAAAUUACAGAGUCUAGAUAAUUAUGUAGUUGAGUCUGAGGAUCCUAAGGGAGUAUCUUACAUACCUAUUGAUUGGAGUUUGAAUACUAAAGUGAGAUUUAUGUCUCUGAAACCAUUUCCCUGGAAUGGAAAACUGAAAACUAGUGAACAGGCAUCUGGGACAACUGGUUUUGUCAGGUGUUUAGAUAUUGGAGAGCAGGAGACUACUUUGGAUACUAGUCCCAAUGCAAGAUUUCACAGAUGCUGUCUAGUCUGGCAGCAUCCAUCCUUACCAUGGCUUGAACUAUUUCCCCGUGCAGCUGGAAAAGUCAGUGCCAGUUUAUCCAGUAAUUCUGCUAUUGCCAAUAAUCAAUUUGUCAAGGAUGCACUUUUCUCAGAAUGGAGUGAGAGCUUUCGUUCGUUAUUUCAUCUGCUGCGAGCUAGACAGUGUCCUUUCUUCUAUGUGUGUGCUAAUAAUUUCACUGCACUAUUUCGAGCUGCUGGAAUAUGUGGAGUUUCGGAGGUCCACGUGCUUCUGUCCCCAACGACAAGAGGAUUCAGACAAGCAUUGAAGCAAGAAGACAUUGAAUACACAAUGCCAUUGAGAGCAGAGGAGAAAAGACGAUCUGAUACCACUGAUUCUGGAUGUGAUACUUUAGAUUCUAGUACCUCAAAUACUGUUAUCUCGACUGAUCCGGUGGAGGGUGAGCGUCACUUGCAUGACGACGAGGAUGAAGAUGAUUUGUUGGAGAGUCUUGGUAUUGAAGAUUCAGAAAUUAAGAAGAUUAAUAAUGUACAGAAACGAAUAAUAUUCGAAAAGGAAGCUGAGGUUGAUGCCUUGAAGCAGUCCCUUGUUUUCAUCAAAGGUGUCGAAGCUCAGGCAUUAUUCAAUUUUUUGAUAAAUUGCAAGUCAGCAGUUGCAGUGACUGGAGCACUUGCUGGAGUUCCUCCUACACUUCUUGCACCGAUCGCAUUCCAUGGAGCAACAUUAAAGCCUUUAAAAGUGAGAGAAAGCACCGUACGCGUUGAUAAGGAAAAAUUCCAUUCUUUGGAAAUCAAAGGACCACUGUUGCCUCAUAUUUUACCAUCUCUCUGUCAUCUCAUGAGAUCUAGUCACUUGGAGCAAUUUUCUGUCAGCUUUGCUCAACUUUCCUCGACAAAUGCCUUCUCUGCUGCUAAACAUGGUUUAGAAUCACCUUCAGCAGAUGAUAAUGAUGAAAUACAACCUCAGAGUGUGUUCGGCCAAGAGAAUUUAUCUGAUUGUGGAUUCAAUUCAGAAUUACUGUCACAUUUCUGUAAUCCUGACAUUUCACGCAUCCAAGUAGUAGAAGCACUAAAAUUUUCAAAUGACGUUUACACGUGGUCUUGAUGAUCGCUAAAAUAAUUUUAAUA